UGCAAGUGAUCAAGAAAAGUUUAAUAAAUUAAUUACAUUUUAAUUUACAAUUAUGAUAUUAAUAUCAGCGUUUAUAUUCAUUUUCAUAACAAUAUCAGAAGCAUUAGAUCUACCCUUCAACAUUUGUAAACAAAAUGACCCAAAUCUUUCUCAAUGUGUCAAUGAAGCUGCAGUACAAGCUAUAGUUUCAAUGGCAAAUGGAGUUCCGAGUCUUAAUGUUUUGCCUUUAGAGCCUCUGGGAAUAGACAAUAUGUCUAUUGGCGAAUCUGGAUCAAUUGCUUCCUUUAAACAAAAUUACCGUAACAUAAAAGUUUACGGUUUGACCAAGGGAUUAAAUGUCUCUAAUUACGAGAUUGACUUUGAUAAUUUGAUCUUCAAAUCAGAUUCAUUUAAUCCACAAAUUGAUUUUGUAGCGAAUUGUAAGGUUGAUGGAAGAUUGCUGUUAUUUCGUAUUCACGGUCAAGGACCCUGCAAUAUCACAAUGUUGAAUUUGAAGACUAAAAAUACGUAUUAUGGUGAAAAAUUUGAAAAGGACAACAAUAUUUAUAUGAAACUCAAGAGAUACGAUGUCAAAUUUAAACCUGAUAAAGUUAUUCUCAACUUUGAAAGGCUUUUCAGCCAAGACAGUUUUUUAGGCAAUCAAAUAAACUCAAUACUGAACAGUAAUUCUGAUGUUCUCUUCCGCGAGUUACAAUCCUCUUACGAAGACACAUUUUCAAAAGUAUUUAUGAAAAUCGGUAAUGAUGUAUUUUCUCGAAUACCAUUUGAUAACGUAUUUCCAGCUUAGAAAUUAUUAUU